AUGAAUCACGUACAUUCCAAAUCGCAAGCAUGUACACUCGAUCUAAUCUCUGUGCUGCUAACACAGAUCAGUUUAGAGAAAGGACACUGGGUAGAUCACCAACCCGUCUCCAGUGUAGCUGAUGGUGAUGCCAUUCCGUUCCUGUCUCCAGACACUGAAGUUUAUGUUGAAUUUGCUAGAACGAUUCUCGUGGUGAGAGCGAAAGUAACAAAAGCCGAUGCUACAGAUCUCGGCGCAGACGAAAGGGUAUGGUAUUUUUUCCAGUGAAUACAAAACGCCGUUUUCGAAUAUUAAUUUUUUCUAAUCUGUUUAAGGUUGGAGUGGUGAACAAUUUUCUCCACAGCCUGUUCAAACAAGUGGAUGUCUUCCUGAAAGAGAAGCAAGUCACACAGGCUACCGGAACCUAUGCGUACCGUACUUACUUGGAAACCCUCUUUAAUCAUGGUCCCUCCGCAAAAAAUUCACAGCUCACUGCUGCUUUGUAUUACAAAGACACUGCUGGAAAAAUGAAUGUCGCAGAUACUACCACGGUCGCUGCCACAGGCAAUGCUGGUUUUCAGAGCAAGAUACGUUAUCAGCAAAGCAAAUGGAACUGUUGA